AUGAGUGAAAUGACAGAAAUUGUGUUACAGAUUAUAAAUCAACAAACAUAUCGAUGGAAUGAAUUUUCAAAUCCAACAGCGUUGAAUAAAUCAAUACAACUUCGACAUAUUCGACACAUUCAUGAUUUUGACAAUGCUAUGGAUAAUGAUAAUAAUAAUGGACAAUUAGCUGAGAACAUUUUAUAUCAAACCAAUGGCAAUUCUGCAAUUGAUAUGUUAACGUUGAAUACAGAUCGUCGUACAUCCAGAAUGAGGAAUAGGAUGAGUCCAUUGCCUCCACGAUGUUCUUAUAUUCCAAAAGAAAAAUCUCCACAUUCAAUAUCUAGUCUUGAUGCAAAUGAAGUAGAUGAAGUUCGAAAGAAGUUAGAUCAUCUUCAAUCAUUACUAAUACAAGUUAAAAAUCAACUCAAAUGUUCACCCAUCGACGAAGAUGAUGAUGAUAAUAUGAUUGAUGAAAGAAUCUUUCCAAAUACUUCAACUGAAUUGAGUCUUUUACAGACCACUGCAAAGAAUACUGAAGAAAAUGGAGAAAAGAUUGAUGAUUCAUGUGAAAAUUUGCCCAAUUAUGCUACAUUUUCUGUGAAAAAAUCACAUGAAUAUGCUGUGAGAAAUUGGUUACUAUCAAAUUUUAUUCAUAUUUAA